GCGGGGCUCCAAGAUGGCUUUGGCCGGGCUGUGCUCGCUGCUGGCCGGCUGCUGCCUGGCCGCGGGCAGCGGCCCCGCCGAGGCGGCGGCGGAGGCUGCGGCCAAGGAGCUGGAGUGCAAACUGAAGAGCAUCACGGUGUCGGCGCUGCCCUUCCUGCGGGAGAACGACCUCAGCAUCAUGCACGGCCCCUCGGCCGCCGAGCCCAAGCUGCUCUUCUCGGUCCGCAACGAUUUCCCCGGCGAGAUGGUGGUGGUGGAUGACCUGGAGAACACGGAGCUGCCCUACUUCGUGCUGGAGAUCUCAGGCAACACGGAUGACAUCCCACUGGUGCGCUGGCGGCAGCAGUGGCUGGAGAACGGCACGUUGCUCUUCCACAUCCACCACCAAGACGGGGCCCCCAACCUGCCUGGCUUCGACCCCACAGAGGAACCCCAGACUGAGUCGGCAGAGGAGGAGCUGAGGAUCCUCCACAUCUCUGUCAUGGGAGGGAUGAUCGCCCUGCUGCUCUCCAUCCUCUGCCUGGUGAUGAUCCUCUACACCCGCCGGCGGUGGUGCAAGCGGCGCCGGGUGCCGCAGCCCCAGAAGAGCGCCAGCGCCGAGGCGGCCAACGAGAUCCACUACAUCCCCUCGGUGCUGAUCGGGGGCCACGGGCGGGAGAGCCUGCGCAACGCCCGCGUGCAGGGCCACAACUCCAGUGGCACGCUCAGCAUCCGCGAGACGCCCAUCCUGGAUGGCUACGAGUACGACAUCACCGACCUGCGGCACCACCUCCAGCGAGAGUGCAUGAACGGCGGCGAGGACUUCGCCAGCCAGGUCACCCGCACGCUGGACUCGCUGCAGGGCUGCAAUGAGAAGGCCAGCAUGGACCUCACACCAGGGAGCGAUAACGCCAAGCUGUCCCUGAUGAACAAGUACAAGGACAACAUCAUUGCCACCAGCCCCGUGGACUCGAACCACCAGCAGGCCACGCUGCUGUCCCACACCUCCAGCAGCCAGCGCAAGCGCAUCAAUAACAAAGCGCGAGCUGGCUCAGCAUUUCUCAACCCCGAGGGGGACUCGGGGACAGAGGCAGACACCGAUCCCCAGCUGACCUUCUACACGGACCCCUCGCGGAGCCGGAGGCGCAGCCGAGUGGGGUCCCCCCGAAGCCCUGUGAACAAGACCACGUUGACCCUCAUCAGUGUGACGAGCUGUGUCAUCAGCCUGGUGUGCUCUUCCCACAUGAACUGCCCCCUUGUCGUCAAGAUCACCCUCCAUGUCCCUGAGCACCUGAUCGCCGACGGAAGCCGGUUCAUUCUGCUGGAGGGGAGCCAGCUGGAUGCCAGUGACUGGCUGAACCCAGCACAGGUCAUCCUCUUCUCCCAGCAAAACUCCAGUGGGCCCUGGGCCCUGGACCUCUGCGCCCGGCGCCUCCUCGACCCCUGUGAGCACCAGUGUGACCCUGAGACUGGGGAAUGUCUCUGCUAUGAAGGUUAUAUGAAGGACCCUGUGCACAAACAUCUCUGCAUCCGGAACGAGUGGGGAACGAACCAGGGGCCUUGGCCAUACACCAUCUUCCAGCGUGGCUUUGACUUGGUGCUGGGUGAGCAGCCUUCUGACAAGAUUUUUCGGUUCACCUACACCUUGGGGGAGGGCAUGUGGCUGCCCCUGAGCAAGAGCUUCGUCAUCCCACCAGCUGAGCUGGCCAUCAACCCCUCAGCCAAGUGCAAGACUGACAUGACAGUGAUGGAGGAUGCAGUGGAGGUCAGGGAAGAGCUGAUGACCUCGUCCUCCUUCGACAGCCUGGAGGUCCUUCUUGACUCCUUCGGCCCCGUUCGUGACUGCUCCCGGGACAACGGGGGCUGCAGCAAGAAUUUCCGCUGCAUCUCGGACCGCAAGCUGGACUCCACGGGCUGUGUGUGCCCCACAGGACUGAGCCCCAUGAAGGAUGGCACAGGCUGCUAUGACCGUCACGUCGGUGUGGACUGCUCCGACGGCUUCAACGGGGGCUGUGAGCAGCUGUGCCUGCAGCAGAUGGUCCCCCUGCCCGAAGACCCCCUGCUCUACAACAUCCUCAUGUUCUGUGGGUGCAUUGAGGACUACAAGCUGGGUGCAGAUGGGCGAUCGUGCCAGCUGAUCUCGGAGUCGUGCCCCGAGGCGAGCGACUGCGGCGAGCCCCGCGAGCUGCCCAUGAACCAGACACUCUUCGGGGAGAUCUUCUACGGCUACAACAACCACUCCAAGGAGGUGGCACCGGGGCAGGUGCUCAAAGGGACCUUCAAGCAGAACAACUUUGCCCGGGGCCUGGAGCAGCAGCUGCCGGAUGGGCUGGUGGUGGCCACGGUCCCCUUGGAGAACCAGUGCCAAGAGGAGCUCUCUGACCCCACGCCCGACCCUGAGUUCCUCACUGGGAUGGUGAACUUCAGCGAGGUGUCCGGGUACCCCCUCCUGCAGCACUGGAAGGUGCAGUCUGUCAUGUACCAUGUCCGACUCAACCAGAUGACCAUCUCCCAGUCCUUCAGCAAUGCACUCCACUCUCUGGAUGGAGCCACCUCCCGUGGAGAUUUUGUGGCGCUGCUGGACCAGUUUGGCAACCACUACAUCCAAGAGGCAGUGUACGGCUUUGAGGAGUCCUGCUCCAUCUGGUAUCCCAACAGGCAGGUCCAGCGGCAGCUCUGGCUGGAGUAUGAGGACAUCAGCAAAGGCAAUUCCCCCUCAGAUGAGUCAGAGGAGCGGGAGCGGGACCCCAAGGUGCUGACAUUCCCUGAGUACAUCGCCAGCCUCUCCGAGUCUGGCACCAAGCGCAUGGCCGCCGGCGUCCGGAUGGAGUGCCAGAGCCGCGGGCGCUGCCCCUCCUCCUGCCCGCUCUGCCACGUCGCCUCCAGCCCCGACGUGCCAGCCGAGCCCAUCCUGCUGGAGGUCACCAAAGCGGCCCCCCUCUACGAGCUGGUCACCAACAACCAGACCCAGCGGCUCCUGCAGGAGGCCACCAUGAGCUUGCUGUGGUGCUCGGGCAGUGGGGAUGUCAUUGAGGACUGGUGCCGCUGUGACUCGAGUGCCUUUGGGGCUGACGGGCUGCCCACCUGUGCACCUCUCCCACACCCAAUCCUGCACCUCUCCACUGUACAUGAGCCCAGCAGCACACUGGUGGUACUGGAGUGGGACCACUCGGAGCCCCCCAUUGGGGUGCAGAUUGUGGACUACCUCCUCCGUCAAGAGAAAGUCACCGACAGAAUGGACCACUCCAAGGUGGAGACAGAGACGGUGCUGAGCUUCGUGGAUGACAUCAUCUCUGGUGCCAAGUCCCCCUGUGCCAUGCCAGCCCAAGUGCCCGACAGACUCUCCUCCACCAUCUCCCUCAUCAUCCGCUGCUUGGAGCCCGACACCACCUACAUGUUCACGCUCUGGGGAGUUGACAACACAGGAAGACGUUCCAGGUCGAGUGAUGUGACGGUCAAGACGCCCUGCCCUGUGGUAGAUGAUGUGAAAGCUCAAGAAAUAGCAGACAAGAUCUACAACCUCUUCAACGGCUACACGAGCGGCAAGGAGCAGCAGACAGCCUACAACACCCUGCUGGACCUGGGCUCCCCCAGCCUCCACCGAGUCCUCUACCACUACAACCAGCACUACGAGAGCUUUGGGGAGUUCACCUGGCGCUGUGAGGAUGAGCUGGGGCCCAGGAAGGCUGGCCUCAUCCUCUCACAGCUGGGGGACCUCAGCAGCUGGUGCAAUGGCCUCCUGCAGGAGCCCAAGAUCAGCCUGCAGCGCUCAUCCCUCAAGUACCUCGCCUGCCGCUACAGCGAGAUCAAGCCCUAUGGGCUCGACUGGUUGGAGCUCAGCCGGGACCUCAGGAAGACGUGCGAGGAGCAGACGCUGAGUGUCCUUUACAAUGACUAUGGUGACAAGGACUACUGAGGGUUUUACACAUGGACCCAUGGAGGGGGAGGGUGUCACUGAUGUUUCUGGAGGCGAGAAUUUGGACUGGGGAGCAAAACCGGCUGCUCUGUGCAGGACUGACUCAGUAUUAGUUUCUUCUUCAACUUGGCCAAAAGCCUUUCUACUUAGAAGUCUUGUGGGACCCAUUUUUCUUGGUUUUGUUUUAUUCAUUUUGCCAAGAGGUUCCUCAGCAUUGGUGAAGGAGGCAGGUUGGGAGGGCACAGCCCUCUUCUCCUGCCCCAUCCCUGCCCUGGCUGUGGGGACUGUCUCCAAAGGUGGGUGACACCAGUUGUGGGAGAAACAUGGUGACACAGCCAGGAUGGGAGAGCAGGUGAUGCAGGCAAAAAUGGAGGGCAUGCAAGUCAGGUUGAGAUGCUUAUGGUUAUGGCUGGGUAAUCAGCCACUGGGAGGCCAGCAGGGUUGGGAUGGGGUUUUUUGCAAUUGUAAUGAGGUCUGGGUGAGACCUGAGAGAGCAAUGGUGCUGUUGAUGGGCAGAGCUGGCGUGGUGUCAUCAGCUGGGGCAAAGAGGCAGGGGCAUUGUGACCCCAUGUCCUCAGGUUCUUCUGCCAUGGCCAAAACCCACAUGUGCUCUAAGAUGCAGAGUCCUCUAGAACAAAAGCAGCUUGGCCUCAGGGCCAGUAGUCAGCUGGAUAUCGUGAGCUUUCUUCUUGAGGGACCACAUUUCUCAGAAGUCAACUUCAAAAUCCUUUUUAUUAUCUUUUUUUUUUUUCCCACCAUAAUAAAAACUUAGAAGCAACAUCAAGUUGCUGCUGAGAACUCAGCUGGGAGAGCAGCAGCCAGAUGACGCAGACAAGAUGUUCUGCACCAGACACUUGCAGCUGUGGUAUAGCCCAGGCUCUGUGUGGUGAGGGGAGAGGGAUGCAAGGUACCCCAAUGUCGUGGUGCAGGAUGGUGCUGAACGUUCUGGUCCCAGAGAGGGCAUGGAGGACAGACUUCUGGGGGUGUUGCUUGCCCAUGUUCAGGCUCACAUCUGCCUCUUCCUCUGGUAAUACUGAUUUUUUAAAGCCAGAGAGCUGGGGUUGUACUGGGACACUGGAUUUGGUUCGGAGCAAAAAAUUCUCUAAAUCCCUGUCACUGCUGAUGAUGUUGGAGGAAGAAACCAGGUUCAUUUUAGCUUCAGCUUCCUGCCUGGUUUGCAGAGGAGGCACCUCUGGACUUGCCAGCUGUGCACCUUUGAUCUAGACAAGACCAGUGCCCUACAGUGGGAUUUUUACGAUGCCUCCAGAGAGAAAUUUCCUUUCAUUUUUUUCAGUCUUGGCAGGAACAGUCUUCAGCCUGUCUCAUAUGAUUUUCUGCCUCAUUCCUCCUCCUACCUGCCAAGGACAUGGCUUGAAUAUUUGUGUGGUGCUGAGAGGGGAGUGGCUGUGCUCUGCACCCCGUCACAAAUACGGUGAUGCAGCCGACAGCGCUGCAUCACCAUAUUUUCUCAACAACAGUUCAGUAUCUUCCUGCAGGACCACACAGUGCUUUGCUCUUUCCUUCUUAUGGGCAGACAUCUCUCCAGGGGCAGCUAGUCUGGACUGGGGAGCUGCUGGGAGCAGCCACCAUCAGUCAGUGUGACCUGGACAUGCCUGUGUCAUUGCUGUAAUGUGUGUCUAGCAGGGGUCAUCAGACAAACAUUUGCUCUGUGCAAGAAGGAAGUCUCCUGGGUCCUUUUGGCUUUUUCUUAUGUGUUUGUCCUUAUAUUUUGAUGUGCCUGAUGCUGCCAAGGGCUUAGGGCUCAGAGCGAGACCAGUGCCAUGCACAGGUACAGAUGGGCAGGUGAUCCGUACUGAGUCAUCACUCCUUUUCCUUUUAGCGAGACUCUUGGCCAAGACACUUCUGUUUAUCCUUUUGCUUAUCCCAGCAGAUGCUGAGACAACUUUUAACUUCCAGCCAGGCAGCCAUCCAGCCAUGGGCAAAGGGCACCUCUGCUCAACGCCUCGAAGGGAUGUUUGAAUGAAGGCUGCUCUGGCCCAGACACCAGUUGGUUUCUCGCCAAGUAAUACCAUGUACAUGGCCUUUAUGUGAAAUGCAGACUGUUUUCCUUUGGGUAGCAGACUCCUCUCUUUUACUGCUUACUACGUGCAGUGGCAAGGACAGGAGCAGUGCUGUCUGCCAGCCACUCGCUGUGACACUGCCAGGAAAACCCUGGACACCCCAUGCAUUCACACCUGCCUAGGUUACUUUUUCAUCUGGCCCCAAGAUUUACGCUGAGGCUCUGCAGGUAUUUCUGUUCUGCUUCUGUGCUGACACUUCAAAGCUCUUGCAUGGGCAACCAAAGCCCUGCAGCAUCAUCAGCCAGCUGGGCUAGGCUCUGCUCCCUGGCUUCCCCAUGGGCUGGGCUUUGGAGAGUGAGGGGAAAGCUACCCCUCCAAAGUCCUUUGGCAGCACCCUUGCACAGUUGGAUGGGGCUCAGCAUCCUCACCCUGUGACAGACUGUGCAGGCUGCUGGCAGGGCUGUGCUCUGCUGAUUUGCCUGCCGUGGUGCCCCUGCAGCUGCUGGGCUGGCAGGGCCUGGCAGCCUGGCACGUCUGUGAGGCCAUUUUCAUGGUGACCCUGGCUUUGUGAGGGCUUCUUUCUUGGUUUCCUCACUCUAGCUUUGCAAGUCAGAACCUUGCCCAAGCUUGGAUUUUCUUGCCCAAGUAUCUCAGCUACCACACAAGUCCAUCUCAGACAAAUGCCAGCAGCCACCAUGGGGCACCAGACCAAUCCAGCAUGGGAGCUACCCCUUGGCUGUAGACCUGACCUUGGUGAGAAGUGUUGUGUGGGGCUUGCUCACCCAAAAUAGGUGUGCCCUGGUCUAGUGGAAGGUGUCCCUGUCCACGGCAGCAGGGUUGGGACCAAAUGAUCAUUAAGGUCCCUUCCAACCUAAACCAUUCUAUGUCUGUGGUUCCCUGCAGAGCUGACACCAUCCACAUCUGCUGCAGGCUCCUACUGUUGGGCCUGCACAGUAUUUUCUCUCUUGGACUCCUGAUUCUUCCCAAGCUGCCAGCAACAGAAGUACUGCUUUCCAACCAUUUCUGCAACCUCCUUCACCACACCCCCCCCCCCACCCCACCCUUUCUUUUGUUUUAUUUCUGAAUUAAUGAGCAAUCAUUCACCUGAGAUGAACCUCUGGGUCGUUAACUUUUCUUUGCUGCGUCCGUACCCCGUAAUAGCAUUACUACUUUUCCUUGUCGUGGAGUUAUUUAACAUAUAAAGACAGUUUGGUCCUUUUCUUUACAAAGAUGGCUACAAUUCAUGUUCCUUGAUGUUCUAUUAAAACUCUAAUGUGACGUUUUACUACUGUAGAUUGAAAGUAGGGUGCUUUAGGGUGAAUAGCCAUGUGGCAAGAAAUACAAAGCCCUUCUGGAUUACUUAAAAAAAAAAGAAUAAAAAAAAGCUUUUAAACAACAGCAACAAAAAUCAUUGUACCACUAUGUAAAACUCCAGAUGAUAAUUCAACUGACUAUUAAACGGAGCUGUUAGUAA